GCUUGCGCCUUGGAGACGUGCUGUUCCAGCUGAGAGGUGGUCUUUGUAUGACAGAGCUGCAAGCAGGGCUCCUGACUCUGCAAGAUCCCAGACAACAGGCACUGCAACAGCUGCUGCCGGGGUCACAAGUCGAGCUGAGGGAGUCUCACUUUCCCCCCCUGCUCUGGUUUGGCUGAUGCUGCGCACUUCAUAAACUGUUCUCAUGUCUUUGGGCUCGAACCGAGACGCAUCCUGAGGUUCCCACAGAACGAGAGCAAACACAUCCCAACUUGAUCUCCCCCCGUCCGAGAAGGCUCUGUGUUUGGAUCCGACAUGGGCUCCGGGCUGCUGCUGCUGCUGUGUCUGGCCGCGUCAGGCGCGCUCUGCGCCGGCCAGGAGCAGGAGCAGGACAUCCCCGAGGGCGCGUCCACGCUGGCCUUCGUGUUUGACGUGACCGGCUCCAUGUACGACGACCUGGUCCAGGUGAUCGAGGGGGCUUCCAAGAUCCUGGAGACAUCCCUGAGCAGACCCAAGAGACCUCUGUACAACUUCGCCCUGGUGCCCUUCCACGACCCAGAGAUUGGACCUGUAACAAUCACAACAGACCCGAAGAAGUUUCAGUUUGAGCUGAGAGAGUUAUACGUUCAGGGCGGUGGCGACUGUCCAGAGAUGAGCAUCGGCGCCAUUAAGAUUGCUCUGGAGAUCUCCCUGCCGGGAUCGUUCAUCUACGUCUUCACAGACGCCCGCUCUAAAGAUUACAAGCUCACUCACGAAGUCCUGCAGCUCAUUCAGCAGAAACAGUCGCAGGUGGUGUUUGUGUUGACGGGCGACUGCGACGACAGGAACCACAUCGGCUAUAAGGUCUAUGAGGAGAUCGCCUCCACGAGCUCGGGCCAAGUCUUCCAUCUGGACAAGAAACAAGUCAAUGAGGUCCUCAAAUGGGUGGAGGAGGCGGUUCAGUCCUCAAAGGUCCACCUGCUUUCCACCGAUCACUUCAGUCGGGUCAGCAACACUUGGCUGAUGCCCUUUGACCCCAGCCUGAAGGAAGUCACCGUGGCUCUCAGCGGCCCAGCACCUGACAUCGAGAUAAAGAACCCACAAGGGAAGGUUGUUGGAAAGAACGAGGGCCUGACGGAGCUCCUGCACAUUCCCAACUCUGCCAAGGUUGUCAACGUGAAGGACCCCCAGCCCGGGAUGUGGUCCAUCAAGACCUCCAGUGAAGGGAGGCAUUCAGUCCGGAUCACAGGGCUGAGCACCAUUGACUUCCGAGCCGGGUUUUCCAGGAAACCCACCAUGGAUUUCAAAACGACAUCCAGCAGGCCAGUUCAAGGUGUUCCCACGCACAUCCUUCUGAACACCACUGGACUUUCUGCGCCUGCUCGGCCCGACAGGCUGGAGCUCCUCACAGUUACGGGCACAAUUAUCAAAACCCUGCCGAUCCGGUACUACCCAGAGCGCCAACCGUACAGUCUCUGGAACCUCACAGACUUCAUCCCACCCGACGAGGCUUUCUUCCUGCGGGUGACGGGAUACGACAGGGAUGGUUUCCUGUUCCAGAGGGUCUCCAGUGUUUCUUUCUCCAACAUUGUACCUGGUGUGCCUAAAGUGGAGAUGCCAGCCACGACUCACGGUUAUUACCUCCAAAGAGGCGCUGUCAGAUGUCUUGUGGAGAGUUUGAUACCCUUCACUCUGCGUUUCAGCCGGGACGGAAGACGACUGGGAGUGGACCAACUCUUUACUGAGUCUGACAGUGCAUCGUGGGAAAUAGACCAGGUAACUCUGAAGGAUGAGGGCUACUAUGAAUGCAUCGCCAUCAACAGCGCUGGAACGGGACGAGCACGCACCUUCCUGGACGUAUCGGAGCCUCCUCCGGCCAUCACGGUCGAGGGUAACGUGACCGCCUCUCCCGGCGUAUCUGCGACUCUCACCUGCCACGUCGUCAGCACCGUCAACUUUACCUUCACCUGGCUCCGAGGGGGCCGCGAUGCCCGGCUGGACCCAAGGGUGAGCGUCCUGAGCAAUCUCUCGCUCCAGGUGUCCGCCGUGACCCCUGAACUCUCUGGCUGGUACGAGUGCGUCGCUACGAAUGAGGGUGGGACGACGGCGGAGCGGAUCUAUCUUACAGUUCAAGAGGUGCCGAGCGUCUCAGUGGAGCCACGGAAUCAGACCUUUGUGGCGGGAGAUGACGUGAGGAUCAGGUGCUCGGCCAGCGGCUACCCCGUACCCCGCCUGGUCUGGACCCACAACGACAUGUUCAUGAUGGCGUCCAGCAGACACAGAAUGGCUCCCGAUGGCUCUCUGGUUAUAAGAAGCCUGGAGAAGAAGGAUGCGGGAGUGUAUGGCUGCCUCGCCAGCAACCUGGCUGGCACUGACACCAUGACCUCCAUCCUCACCUACACUGAAUCUCCUGUGGUGACCGUAGCGUUUACUGAGAUUCUUAUUAGCAUCGGAGAAACCGCGGUGAUGGCCUGCUCUGCAUCUGGAAUCCCUCAGCCUGAGAUCCGGUGGUACAAAGGUGAUGUUCAGCUGCAUUCUUCAUCCCUCUUGGUUGUGGACCCACUGGGGGGAACACUUACCAUCAAGCAAAGCCGGGACAUCGAUUCUGGAGACUACACCUGUGUGGCUGUCAACGCUGCCGGCACCUCGUCGGGGAAGAUCUCUCUCGACGUCGGAGCUGCACCAAAAUUUACUAGAGAGCCCCAAGAUGUGGCGGCAGACAUCGGCUCUAACGUGACCUUGACGUGUUAUGCCCACGGGCACCCUGAGCCCAAGGUCACCUGGAGGAGGGAGGACGGCUCCCCUCUGUUCAGCAGGCCACACACACAUGGCCUUAUCUCGCAGAAGAAAGGAGUUCUGCAUAUUCAUAAUCUCUGGGUGGAAGAUGAAGCGGUGUAUAUCUGCGAGGCCCAAAAUCACUUUGGUCGGAUUCAGACCCAGGCGAGGAUCACCGUGACUGGACUUGUUUCACCUGUCAUUGCACUGAGUCCGGCAGAGCUGAGCGUAAUCGAGGACCAGCAGGUGGUGCUUCCCUGCGUGCUGCUGGCCGGGAAUCCGCUGCCUGAGAGACAGUGGCUGCACAACUAUGGCCUGGUGACCUCGGAUCAAUAUUUAACAGUGAGGAGGGACGGCAGUCUGAAUAUUGAGAGAGUCCGACUGGAGGAUGCGGGCGACUACACGUGUUUGGCUGAGAACGCUGUCGGGGCGACCAACCAUACAACCACUGUCAAUGUUUAUGUAAUUCCUACUAUCCAGCAUGGCCCACAAGUAUUUAGCACAGUUGAAGGAAAGCCGCUAUCGCUACCGUGCCGGGCCCAGGGAGUACCGAGUCCUGACGUCAGCUGGACUAAGGGUGGGAAGCUGCUGAACGUGGGUGGUCCAGCUUUCUCCGUGGAUACUGAUGGCAGCCUCCUCAUCACUUCUCCCUCUGGAAAUGAGACUGGGGAGUUUGUCUGCACGGCUACCAACGCUGCCGGCUCUGCCUCCAGGAAGGUCCACCUCACAGUCUACGUCCGGCCCAGGUCCAACGGCGGUGGUUCUGGAGGCCGAGCAGAGCCCACGAGGAUGUCAGUGAUUGAAGGGGAGGAUGCUGUUUUACCAUGCGAUGUCCAGAGUCUCCCGCCUCCCUCCAUCAGCUGGGCAAAGGAGAAGCAGCUCAUCUCGCCAUUCUCUCCCAGGCAUACCCAGCUUCCCUCCGGGUCCAUGAAAAUCCUGCAGACAAGAGUGUCAGACUCUGGACUUUAUGUCUGCGUUGCCUCCAAUAUUGCUGGUAACCUCACAUUGUCCGUUGAGCUGAAUGUUUUGGUACCUCCCCGAAUCCAGCCUGGCCCCAGAGUAAUGAAGGUGCAGGUGGGCCACUCAGCCGAGCUGCCCUGUGUGGUGACAGGAUCCCCAGAGCCGGCGCUCGCUUGGGCCAAGGACGGUAAAACGUACCUGGCGUCUCCUGAUGGCAGCCUGUCGUUGACAAAUGUGGGGCUGGAUGAUGAAGGAACCUACAUCUGCACGGCCACCAGCACGGCAGGAAGGGAUGAGGCUCAAGUAAAACUGCUAAUCCAAGUGCCUCCUGUCGUUGAAGUUCUGGAGCCCCCGUUUAACAGCCCCCUGCAGGAGAGAGUUGCAAACCAGCGAAUCGCCUUUCCCUGCCCCGCCAAAGGUUUUCCUAAGCCAGUGAUUCGCUGGUUGCGUAACGGCCAGGAACUGACGGGCAAUGAGCCCGGUGUGUCCAUCCUGGAGGACGGGACGUUGCUGAUUCUUGACUCCGUCUCACCUCUGGAUAACGGGGAGUAUGUCUGCACUGCUGCCAAUGACGCAGGAUCAGCUGAGAAAAAGUACCAGCUCAAAGUUAAUGUGCCCCCCGAUUUCCGUGACGGCGAAACGCCAGGAAACCGGUCCGUGGUCCUGAGCCAGCCCAUCAGCUUGAUGUGUGAUGUCACGGGAACUCCGACCCCUGUCAUCACCUGGUACAAGGACGGGACUCCUGUAGCUGCCGGCAACGGCAUCCAGAUCCUCAACGCGGGAAAGACCCUGAGACUACUGAAGGCAGACACGGCGGACGCAGGCAGCUACAGCUGCAAAGCCGCCAACGUUGCAGGCGACACAGAGAGAGACUUUUUUGUGGAUGUGCUGGUCCCACCAACAAUCACAGACUCAGGCUCUCCACAAGAUAUUUCUGUGACUCUCAAGCAAGCGAUCACUCUUGAGUGCAAAGCGCAAGGGUCCCCCUUUCCCACAAUCCAGUGGUACAAGGACAGAAAGCCGGUGUUUCUCGGCGACCCCAAUCUGGAGGUCUCCAGAAGGGGUCAGCUUCUGAAGAUAAAAAGUGCCCGUCUUGGAGAUCAGGCUCGAUAUCAGUGCAGUGUAACCAAUGCGGCGGGAAAAGAGUCCCGGGACUUCAACCUCAGUGUUCAUGUGCCCCCGUCCAUAAAAGGAGGCAACUCAACCACGGAGGUGACGGCACUGCUGGACACCAUGGUAACGCUGGAGUGUGAGGCGCGCGGGGUGCCGCUCCCUGCCAUCACCUGGUACCGAAAAGGAGAGGUCGUCUUGUCCACCCGACAGACGCAGUAUGCAGACCGAGGCCGCUUCCUGAAGAUCCCUCGGGUGCAGGCGUCCGAUGCCGGCCAGUACAUCUGCAAGGUGACCAGUGUGGCCGGGAGCGCUGAGAAGAGCUACGAGCUGGAUGUUUACCUGCCUCCUAGCAUCGCAGGGGAGGAGGACGGGCCCACAGAGAGGAAAGUGAUCCUCAAUAAACCUCUGAUCCUGGAGUGUGAGGCGACGGGACACCCUCCACCCACCCUCACCUGGCUGAAGGACGGAGUUCCUGUCCGUGACGGGGAAAGUGUCCGUGUGCUCGAGCAGGGGAGAAAAAUAGAAAUCCCUUCAGCUACUGUCUCAGACUCUGGACGCUACAUCUGCGUGGCCACGAGCAUCGCAGGAGACAAGGAGGUGAAAUAUGACAUCAAAGUUUUAGUUCCUCCGGUUAUUGAUGGAGCUGAUGACGUAACAGACAGCACGGUCAUAGUCGACAGCCCUCUGGAGCUGGAGUGUCACGCCACGGGAACCCCUGCCCCCGUCAUCACGUGGUUUAAGGACGGCAAGCCGCUGAGGCAGGGUGAAGGGCUGCGGAUUACGCCCAGCGGCAGGCGACUGCUCAUCUCCCGAGCUCAGGUCUCUGACACGGCUCGCUUCCAGUGUGUGGCCACGAAUGAGGCUGGAGACUACGAGAGGGACUUCAAUGUGGUAGUCCAAGUUCCCCCGUCCAUCCGUAUGACUGGGUCUGCAGAACGUUCGGUGGUUCUGCACAAGUCCGUCACGCUGGAGUGCAUCUCAGCCGGCAUCCCUCUCCCCAGUAUUACCUGGCUGAAGGACGGCCGGCCUGUCGACACGUCAAAGGAGAACCUUAAGCUGCAGUCGGCAGGCAGAAUGCUCAAGAUCACAAACUCCAGACUGGAGGAUUCUGGGAGAUACACCUGCCUGGCCACCAGUGCUGCCGGUGAAGCGCAGCAGCAUAUUCAACUUAGUGUCCAUGAGCCUCCCAGGAUUCCUUCCUCUGGAGAGAUCAUCAACAAAAACGUCCUGUCAGGCUUUUCCGUUGAGCUUGAGUGCAAAGCGACUGGCACCCCGUUACCUGCUGUCACUUGGUACAAAGAUGGCCGGCCUCUGACCACAGCGGUGAAGCAGGGUCAGCCGCUGGAGAUUGAGCGGGCACAACUGUCCGAUGCUGGAAUGUACAGAUGUCAAGCUGUCAACAUUGCUGGAGUCGCGGAGAUACUUUACAGCCUUCAGGUGUUUGUGCCCCCGGUCAUCUCCAGCCGAGGCGGUACGGUAACCGUGGUGGUGAAUGAGGCUGCCAGGCUCGAGUGCGAGGCCUCCGGCGUUCCUGCGCCGAGUCUCACGUGGCUCAAAGACGGCAGCCCCGUGGCGAGCGUUUCACAUGGCACACAGGUGUUGUCCGGUGGCAGAGUCUUGUCUAUAAACAGCGCGCAGGUGAGCGACACCGCCAGAUACACCUGCGUGGCAGUCAACGCCGGAGGAGAGACACAGAGAGAAUAUGACCUGAGGGUUUACGUGCCUCCGAACAUCAAGGGAGAAGAGGUGAACGCCACGGUGAUGCUUGGUCGUCCAGUGGAGCUGCUCUGCCAGAGCGACGCCAUCCCUCCCCCUAGACUCUCCUGGCGCAAAGACGGACGCCCCCUCUUUAAGAAGCCCGGUCUCACCGUCUCUACUGACGGUAGUUUCCUCAAGGUUGACAGCGCCCAGGUGCAGGACUCGGGGAGAUAUACCUGUGAAGCCAUCAAUAUAGCUGGAAAAACAGAGAAGAAUUACAAUCUCAACGUAUGGGUGACUCCCAGUAUCCGCGGCUCGGACGAGGUUUCUUCUCUGACUGUGAUUGAGGGAGGUCUCAUCACUCUGGUGUGUGAAUCCAGCGGCAUACCGCCUCCCACCCUGACAUGGACCAAAGAUGGUUCUGAACUUAAGUCAGAUCAGAGACUGAGGAUUUUGUCGGGAGGCCGUCAGCUGCAGAUCUCCAGCGCAGAGAGGACAGAUGCAGCCUCUUACACGUGCACAGCCUCCAGUGCAGCCGGCACCACCUCUAAAGAGUACAGCCUUCAGGUGUAUGUUCGACCUUUCAUCAGCCGCAGCGACGGCGACACUGAAGACGUUACGGUGACGAAGGGAGGGGACGUGACCCUCCAGUGUGCAGCAGAGGGCGUGCCUCGCCCUGCAGUCACAUGGCUGAAGGAUGGACGCCCCGUCACGGGCCAGCAUGGCGCAAAGGUCCUGAACGAGGGGAGGCUGUUGCAGAUCAAAGAUGCCAAGGUGUCAGACACGGGACGCUACACCUGCAUCGCUGUUAACGUGGCAGGACAGGCAGACAGCAAGCACGACAUCAGCGUACAUGUCCCACCUAGUAUAAUUGGUCAGGUGCAGUUUCCAGAAAAUGUCAGCGUGGUGGUGAAGAACCCAGUGGUUCUGACCUGCGAGGCCUCUGGUAUCCCUCUCCCUGCUGUCUCCUGGCUGAAGGACGGUCGGCCCGUUAAAGCCACCAGUCUGCUGCGCAUCCUCUCAGGGGGGCGAAGCCUUCGUAUCAUGCACGCUGCCACAGAGGAUGCUGGGAGGUACACUUGUGUUGUUUCCAACAGCGUGGGAGAAGAAAGGAGGAACUUUGACCUCGACAUCCUUGUUCCACCGAGAAUUGUGGGAGAGGGAACGGUUGUGGAUACUAAAGUGAAAGAGAAACACAACAUCACUCUCACCUGUGAGGCGUCGGGUAACCCUGUACCGGACAUUAAAUGGCUGAAAGAUGGACAACUGUUGACGACGGAUGGACACCACCAAAUUUUAUCUCAUGGCCGUUUUCUUCGAAUCUCAGAGGCCCAAGUUGCCGACACCGGCAGGUACACCUGCCUGGCAUCCAACCGCGCCGGAGAUCGGAGUCGGCAUUUCAACCUCAAUGUCCUGGUUUCUCCCACCAUCGCAGGGUCAGGCCCUGACAUUUCUGCAGAGGAAGUCACGGUAACUCUGAGCAGCCCAACGUCACUGGUGUGUGAAGUCCAGUCCUACCCUCCGGCGCUGAUCACUUGGCUCAAGGACGGCACUCCGUUUGAAUCUACUCGCAAUGUCCGAGUUCUUCCAGGUGGCAGAACUCUGCAGAUUCUCAGUGCUAAAGAGGAGGAUGCUGGGAGGUACACCUGUGUGGCUACCAACGAUGCUGGAGAGGCAGUGAAACACUAUGAAGUCAAGGUUUAUGUUCCCCCGCAGAUCAAUAAAAACGACAUCCAAGGUGAGGGACUGUCUACAAAAGAAGUCAAGAUCAAGAUCAACAGCACGCUGACCCUGGAGUGCGUCGCUCAAGCGUUUCCCAUCCCAGUGCUGCAGUGGUAUAAAGACGGACAGACCCUGCGGACAGACGACCACGUGUCCAUUACAGCAAACGGUCGCAUCGUGCAGAUCAAGCAUGCGCAGGUGUCGGACACGGGCCGCUACACGUGUGUCGCCACUAAUAUCGCCGGAGAGGAUGAGAAGGACUUUGAUGUAAAUAUACAAGUUCCACCUCAUUUCAACAGACCUGCUGGCGCCGGUGAUCAUACGUCCCCCCCAGGCUUCGGGGGGGACCCUCGAGAUGUGAUACUUAACAAUCCCAUCUCUCUGUACUGCGAGACGAACGCCGUCCCGCCUCCGACUCUCACCUGGUACAAAGAUGGACGAGCCGUAACGUCUAAUGACAAAGUUUUGAUCCUGCCAGGUGGGCGGGUUUUACAGAUCCCCAGAGCCCAGCUGGAAGACUCCGGCAGGUACACGUGCGUGGCCAUCAAUGAAGCAGGGGAGGACUCCAUCCAGUACGACGUCAGAGUGCUGUCACCUCCAACCAUUCGCGGCACAGACACCGACGUGCCAGAGGAAGUAACCGUCCUGGUCAACAAAACGGCCCAACUGGACUGUCACGUGGAUGGAAAUCCAGCCCCCAAGAUCACCUGGUUCAAAGACAGCCAGAUGAUCAGCUCUGAUGGGCCGCACAGAGUUCUGUCCAACGGACGGAGACUUCAGGUGUUGAGCGCUAGGGUAUCUGACACGGGGCGCUACGUGUGUGUGGCUGACAAUGUGGCUGGAAGUGCAGAGAAACACUUCAAUCUCAACGUUCAUGUUCCUCCAGCCGUCGUUGGCAUGAGUCAGGAGAACGUGACGGUGGUGGUGAACAACUUUGUUUCCCUUUCCUGCGAAGUCACCGGCUUCCCCCCUCCCACGCUGAGCUGGCUGAACGACAGGGGGCCCAUCCAAGCCAGCUCCAACGCCCUCAUCGUGCCAGGCGGUCGGACGUUACAGAUCCUUAAAGCAAAAGUGUCUGAUGGUGGAAAGUACAGCUGCGUGGCCAUGAACGCAGCCGGAGAGGCUCACAAACGCAUCUAUCUCACCGUAUUCGUUCCUCCCAGCAUCCGGGGAAACAGCGGAGACUAUCCCGACAUGGUUAACGUGCUCCUCGGCAGGUCAGUGACUCUGGAGUGUGAAUCCAACGCCGUCCCUCCUCCCACCAUCAUCUGGUAUAAGAACGGCCGGGCGGUGACGGAGUCGGCCAACCUGCGCGUCCUGGCAGACGGACGGAUCCUUGAGAUCAAAAGUUCAGAGGUGUCUGAUACAGGCCAGUAUGUCUGCACGGCCACAAAUGUUGCCGGACAAGUCGACAAGAACUUCCACUUGAACAUUCAUGUCCCUCCCUCAGUCGACGGCCCGGCAUAUGAGAAUGUGGUGGAAACCAUCAGUAACCCCGUUUCCUUUGCCUGCGAUGCCACUGGUAUCCCCCCACCCAGCCUCGCCUGGCUGAAAAAUGGACGCCCCAUCGAGAACUCAGAGUCUCUGGAGAUGCACAUCUUCUCAGGAGGGAGCAAACUGCAGAUCGCACGGUUGCAGCUUUCGGACAGCGGAUCGUACACGUGCGUGGCCUCCAACGUGGAGGGCAAAGCCCGCAAGAGUUACCACCUCACCAUACAAGUCCCGCCCAGCAUCUCCGGAUCAGAGAUGCCCCAGGAGAUGGGAGUCCUGUUGAACGAAAGCAUCCGGCUGGUCUGUGACGUCCAGGGAAUCCCGACUCCGACCGUUCAGUGGCUGAAGGACGGAGAAACGCUCAACAGUACGGGAAACAAGGGACCACGGGUCAGUCCGGAUGGCAGCACACUCACUGUGAGCCGAGCCCAGCCUGCUGACGGGGGAAAGUACACCUGCGUGGCCACCAAUGCUGCCGGGGAAGAAGACAGGAUAUUUAAUCUCAACGUGUACGUGCCUCCUGUCGUACUUGGCAACAGUGAAGCCGGCGAGCACCUGACCGCAGUCCUGGACAGCUCUGUCAACAUCCAGUGCGUUGCCACUGGGUCUCCUCUGCCGCAGCUGAACUGGCUGAGGAACGGCUUGCCGCUGCCCAUCUCCUCCCACGUCCGGCUGCUCUCGGCCGGACAGGUGCUCCGGAUCACAAGAGUCCAGGUGUCUGACGGUGGGAGUUAUACCUGCGUUGCAUCAAACAGGGCGGGAGUGGAUAACAGACAUUAUAACCUAGAGGUACAUGUCCCUCCUGGUUUGGAUGGAGCGGGAAGCACAGAGGACGUGACUGUGGUCAGAGGAAACUCUGCUUCUUUGCUGUGUAUCGCUGACGGGAUCCCACCCCCGACCAUCUCCUGGCUCAAAGACGGAGGGACCCUGUUCCCUGACCGCGGCGUCGUCUUCCUCAACCGGAAUACAACCUUAGAGAUUAUCCACGCCCACAUCAAUGACAGCGGCCGCUACAGCUGCGUGGUGAACAACACUGCCGGUCACACCAGUAGACACUUCAACCUGAAGGUUCUGGAUCCUCCGCACAUCGAGGGGUCUGGCGUGCCGGCAGAAGUGUCCGUGGUGGUUAAUAACGUCCUGGAGCUCCAGUGUUCAGCUGCAGGAAUCCCCCCCCCCUCUCUGACCUGGCUGAAGGACGGACGCCCGCUGCCGCAGACGGAAAGCCGGCGCCUCCUCAGAGGAGGAGAGGUUCUCCGGGUGGCUUCAGCACAGCUGGAGGAUGCGGGCAGAUACAGCUGCUUGGCCAACAGUCCAGCUGGAGAUGCUGAUAAGGAGUUCCUGGUUCAAGUACAUGUCCCCCCCAACAUCGUGGGUGAAAGCGCGCCGCAGGACGUGUCGGUGCUGCAGAACAGACAGGUGACUCUGGAGUGCAAGUCCGACGCCGUCCCUCCUCCAACUCUGACCUGGCUCAAAGAUGGAAAACCACUGCAGGCCUCUCCUCGCGUGCGUAUCCUGUCUGGUGGCCGCUACUUACAGAUCAACAUGGCAGAGCUCGGCGACAGAGCUCAGUACACCUGCAUGGCGAGCAACGUCGCUGGCAAGACCACGCGACAGUUUAACCUGACUGUCAACGUGGCUCCGACUAUCAAGGACGGCUCCCAGACGGUGUCGGUGGUCAUCAAUCAGCCGGCGGUGCUGGAGUGCGUAGUUGAUGGAGUACCAACACCUCGAAUAACCUGGAGGAAAAACGGUGUAAUGUUAGCAGGAAACAGCCCGAGGUACGCCUUUGCAGAGGACGGGUCCUUACUCAUCCAUACAGCUCAGGUGACCGACACCGGACGCUAUCUGUGUAUGGCGACAAAUCCAGCCGGGACUCAACGCAGGAGAGUGGAUCUGCAAGUGCAUUUGCCUCCCUCCAUCGCUGAUAGUCGCACCAGUCUGACGGUUGUCGUCAACAUCCAGACCACGCUGCCUUGCGAAGCUGCCGGCAUUCCCAAACCCACCGUCAGCUGGCGGAAAAACGGUCAAACCAUCAACACCGACCAGAAUCAGAACAUGUACAGAUUAUUAUCAUCUGGUUCCUUGGUAAUCAUAGCGCCUACAGUAGAGGACACAGCGCUGUACAAAUGUGUGGCCUCCAAUGAGGCAGGGAAUGACUCCAGAUCCAUCAACCUCUCUGUCAUCGUUCCUCCAUCUAUAGCAGAUGAGCCCACAGAGCUGGUGGUCACCAGACUGUCCCCGGUGGUCAUCGCCUGUACUGCAUCCGGUGUCCCAGAGCCCUCCAUCCACUGGAGCAAAGACGGCAGGAAGCUGGCGGCUGAGGGGCAGGGAUACAGCAUCCUCCCAACAGGUCCAGUAGAAAUCCCCUCGGCUGAGCUCAGUCAUGCCGGACGCUACUCCUGCACGGCCAAGAACACUGCAGGCUCCACCCACCGCCACGUACAGCUGACAGUACAGGAACUCCCAGCGAUCCAUUCCCACCCGUCCACCGUGGACGUGAUCUUCGACAGUCCCGUCACUCUUCCCUGCAGAGCCACAGGCUCGCCCAGACCCAGCAUCACCUGGCAGAAGGAAGGCAUCAACAUCCCCACCACAGGUGGAGGUUUCAUGAUACUUCCUAAUGGAAGUCUACAGAUCUCCAAGGCAUCCAUGUCAGACUCUGGGACGUACAUUUGUGUCGCUCAGAACCCCGCAGGCACUGCUUUGGGGAAGACCAAACUCAAAGUUCAAGUUCCUCCGGUGAUCCACUCAGAGACUCUGGAGUACGUGGCAUCUGUGGACUCAGCCGUGAUGUUGGCGUGCCAAGCCGAUGGCUCCCCUCCGCCCUCGAUCACAUGGCAUAAAGAGGGGCAGCUUCUGAGCGACUCGGUACGGCAGCGGGGGCUCAGCUCUGGAUCCCUGCAGAUCGCCUUCAUUCAGCCCGCCGACGCCGGGCGGUACACUUGCACCGCCGCCAACGCGGCCGGCACGGCCAGCAUGGAAAUGAGGCUCACCGUACAAAUUCCUCCUUCCAUUCGCGGUGGAGAGCAGGAGGUUGCGGUCGUGGAACACGGUCACGUGCAGCUGGUGUGCGUGGCAGAGGGAUUCCCACAGCCCGUAGUGUCCUGGGAAAAAGAUGGCAGUCCACUCAGUGAAAGCGCGGGGGAGUACACCAUCCUGCCGUCCGGGGAGCUGGUGAUCGACAGCGCUCAGCCAAAUGACGCCGGCAUCUACGCCUGCGUCGCCGCCAAUUCGGUGGGGCAGGACAGCUGGACCUUGACCCUGUCCGUCCACACCCACCCCGCCUUCACCGAGCUGCUGGGAGACGUGGCUCUGAACAAGGGCGAGCGCCUCAUUAUGACCUGCGGCGUCAGCGGCAUCCCUCCACCCAGAGUCACAUGGGCCUUCAACAACAACAUCAUCCCAGUCCACUACGAUCACAUGAACGGUCACAGUGAGCUGGUCGUCGAGCGAGUGAGCAAAGACGAUGCGGGUACCUACACCUGUGUGGCGGAAAACAGCGUGGGGACCAUCAAGUCGCUGGGAUUCGUCCACGUCAAAGAGCCCCCCAUCAUCGACGGGGACCUUCACUCCAACCGGAUUGAACCUCUGGGUGGUAAUGCCAUCCUGAACUGCGAGGUGCGAGGAGACCCACCGCCACUCAUCCAGUGGAGCAAAAAUGGCAUCAACAUCCAUAUAAGCAACCGAAUCCGUCAGCUGGACAACGGCUCCUUGGCCAUCUAUGGCACAGUGGGUGAAGAUGCCGGCAACUACAUGUGCGUGGCGACAAAUGAUGCUGGCGUGGUGGAGAGAAGCGUCACCCUCACCCUGCAGAGUGCUCCGUCCAUCAGUGUGGAGCCGGUGGCGACGGUAGUGGAUGCCGGCACCACGGUUGUGCUAAACUGCCAGGCAGAGGGCGAACCCACCCCCGCGAUAGAGUGGUCCCGCCAGGGACGGCCCCUUCUGGCGCGCGAUCGCUUCUCCGUUCUGUCCAACGGGUCUCUCCGGAUCAGCAGCGCCCAGAAGGAAGACACGGCUGAAUACGAAUGUGUGGCCAGAAACCUGCUCGGAUCAGUGCUGGUCAGGGUCCCUCUCACUAUACAAGUCCAUGGGGGGUAUUCAGAGUGGGCAGAGUGGGGUCCCUGCAGUGUAUCCUGUGGCGCUGGGAUGCAAAAGAGGCUGAGAAGCUGCAACAAUCCUUUACCUUCUAACGGGGGCCGUCACUGUCAAGGAUCAGACGCAGAAACACGCGGCUGUCGAGGAAAGCCGUGUCCAGUGGAUGGUAACUGGUCAGACUGGUCUGCCUGGGAGGAGUGUUCACAAAGCUGCGGUCAAGGCAACAGAACCAGGGUCCGGACCUGCAGUGACCCUCCGGCGCAACAUGGAGGCCGGCAGUGCGAGGGGGAGGCGGUGGAAGCCAUCAUGUGCAGUGUGAGGCCGUGUCCAGUGGCCGGUAACUGGGGAGCCUGGUUACCGUGGAGCCCGUGCAGCGAGACCUGUGGUAAGGGCAUGCAGUCCAGAAUCCGGCUCUGCAACAACCCUCCUCCGGCGUUUGACGGGCUGCAGUGUGAAGGCACAGACACCCAGUCUCAAGUGUGCAUGGAGAGACCUUGUCCUGUGAAUGGAAAAUGGUCGUCGUGGAUGAGCUGGGGACCCUGCAGUCUUUCGUGUGGGGGUGGGACGAGACAGCGGACACGCCUCUGUGCCAGCCCCGCCCCUCUGCAUGGGGGCAGGAAAUGCGAGGGCAACGACGUGCAUAUAGAUUUCUGCAACAGCGACGCCUGUCCCAUCAGUGGUAACUGGGGAUCGUGGAGCAGCUGGGGCAUCUGCAGCAAAACGUGCAACGGAGGUCAGAUGCGGCGCUACAGGACCUGUGACAACCCCAGACCUGCGUAUGGCGGGAGAGCUUGUGCCGGCGCUGACGCUCAGAUGCAGAGAUGCAGCACGGCCAACUGCCCUGUUGACGGUAACUGGGGUUUAUGGCAGUCGUGGGGAGAAUGCUCCGCUUCCUGCGGAGGCGGAGAGAGGACACGCCUCCGACUGUGUAACAGUCCGUCUCCUAGCAACGGAGGCCGUCCCUGUCCCGGAGACUCCACUCAGGUAUCCCGGUGCAACCCUCAGGCGUGCCCAGGUGGGCCACAAAAAGCUCGCGGCAGUAUCGUAGGAAACAUAAAUGGCAUUCCGUUUGGCAUUGCCAUCAUUAAUGCCACCAUCACUGACAGCAACUCCGGCAGUCGGAUCAUCAAGGCCACUAUUUCCAACGUACCAAGAUCAUUAGGUCCUGCAAUGAGGAAGCUCAUCUCCAUCCUGAACCCCGUCUACUGGACAACGGCGCAGGAAGUAGGAGACGCCGUCAAUGGUUACACGCUGACAGGAGGGGUCUUCGUCCGGGAAACGCAGGUGGAGUUUGCUACAGGUGAAAUCCUGAGGAUGAGCAUCAUGGCCCUGGGCCUGGACUCCGAUGGAGUGUUGCUGCUGGACAUCGGAAUGAGUGGAAACAUCCUUCAGCUGCCUUCAAACGCUGACAUCAACAUCAAGGACUACACCGAGGACUACAUCCAGAUAGGUCCGGGCCAGCUGUACGCUCUGUCCACUCGUAUGUUCACCGUCAACACGGAGAGUGUGCCCUACUCCUGGAACCACACCAUCUCCUAUGACAUAACCAAAGGGAAGAUGCCCUACCUGGUGGAAAUGCUCCAUGCCACAGACAUCCGUGCUCUCUACCAUCCUCUGGAGGAGGUGUUGGAGUACAGCAUCCAAGCUAGUAUCAGUAAAGCUGAUCGCAGUAACCAGUGUCCUCACGGCUUCACUUUGGUCUCUGCCGGCCCUUAUUGUGAAGAUGAGAACGAGUGUGAGGCUGGGAAUCCCUGUUCUCACGCCUGCCACAACGGCAUGGGUAGCUACUACUGCUCCUGCCCCCGGGGCCUCGCCAUCUCAGCUGACGGCCGAACCUGCCAGGACAUUGAUGAGUGUUCGCAGGGCGGGAAUACGUGUCACGGUGGACAAGACUGCGAGAACACCGUUGGCUCUUACAGAUGUGUCAUGCGCUGUGGGCGGGGCUUCAGGAGAAUGGCUGAUGGUUUCAGCUGCACGGAUGUGAACGAGUGUCAGGAGUCCAAUCUGUGUAAUCAAAUCUGUUUGAAUACCAUUGGUAGUUAUCGCUGUGCCUGUGAGCCAGGCUUUCAACUCAGGAACAGACGCUGCGUCGAUAUAAACGAGUGCAGGCAGAGGGUUUGCCGUUCAGACCAGCAGUGCAAAAACACCCGCGGGGGUUACACCUGCGUGGACCUGUGUCCCAGCGGGAUGACCAAGGGUGGGAACGGCACAUGCGUUGAUAUUGAUGAAUGCAGAGGCGGCCUCCAUCAGUGCAGGUACAACCAGAUCUGUGAGAACACCCGAGGCAGCUACCACUGCACGUGUCCACGUGGCUUCAGAUCUCAGGGACUGGGACGGCCCUGUGCUGACAUAGAUGAGUGUGGGUGGCUCCCGCAGCCCUGCGCCCACCGGUGCGUCAACACUCCCGGCAGCUUCUCGUGCAGCUGCCCGCCGGGCCAGCACCUGCUGGGGGACGGGAAGUCCUGCGCUGGGCUCCAGCGGCUGCCCACCUAUGAAAGUUACUCGUACGGCUACCGCGCGUCUCAGUCGGCCCCCGAGCGCACCCUCGACCGGCGGCUCUACCACAGCGUGGCCUCUCAGAGCUACCACUCCCAGGCCGUCGCCAGGAGCCGUAGGGGCAGGGAGGCACCGGAAACCUCCUCACGGCGGGGGGGCCUCGCGUGUGAGCAGGGGUUUGAGCCCGGGGGCGGCCACUGCCUAGACAUUAACGAGUGUGACGUGCGGGACACGUGUCAGCACGAGUGCAUGAACACAGCAGGGAGCUACAGGUGUCUCUGCCCGGCCGGUUACCGCCUGAUGACCAACGGGAAGACAUGUCAAGAUAUAGACGAGUGUCUGGAGCAGAAUAUCCAGUGCGGGGCCAACCAGAUGUGCUUCAACAUGCGGGGAGGUUAUCAGUGCAUCGACACGCCGUGUCCGCCGAACUACCAGAGGGAUUCAGCCACAGGGUUCUGCCUGAAGAACUGCCCCCCCAACGACCUGGAGUGCACGCUGAGCCCGUACGCGCUGGAGUACAAGCUGCUGUCGCUGCCCUUCGGCAUCGCCGCCAACCAGGACCUGAUCCGGCUGGUGGCCUACACGCAGGACGGCGUGAUGCACCGCCGGACCACCUUCCUGGUGGUGGACGAGGACGUGGCGUCGCUGCCGUUCGCCCUGCGGGACGAGAACCACAAGGGAGUGCUGUUCACCACGCGGCCGCUGCGGGAGCCGCACACCUACCGCAUGAAGGUCCGAGCCCUGUCCUACAGCGAGGACGGGGGCCUGGAGUACCAGACCACCUUCAUCGUCUACAUCUCCGUCUCAGCCUACCCCUACUGAGCACUUUAAAGGGCACGAGACGACGGUGCGGCGAGGAACUGCGUCCUCCACCUGCAGCGCCACAGGGUGUGGUUUUGGACCAGUGACCACAUCGGUAGGAAGACUGACAGACAUGUUGAGCACCUGAGAGCCUUAAAGACACAUGGAAAUACAGAUUAAAGAGAACAUUAAAGAGGCUGCUGGAGAAAAUGGGAUGAAACCAACUUUUUAUUCAUUUGAGUCUCUGGAAACCUGUGUGGGACUUUUGAAUUAUUGAUGUUUUGUCAUUUUAAUUUCCUUCCCUUCUCAGAUUUAUGAAGAAUUAGAUUGAAUUCCUCAGAGCGUAAACUCCCACCAGUGGCUCUGCGACUAGUUUAAAUUCUCGUCAAGCUCAGAUUUUACAUUUACUUACUUUUAACUUAUUGGGAAGUGCUUGAACACGAUAGAUCGGUAGUUCCCGCCUCUGCUCUGCCCGAUCACCAAUCCCAGAGGUGAACAGAUGUUGACUAUUCCCUCGUUGAAACCCCCCCACAUAUGUCUGCAUCCUCAGGUUGUGGGCUCGGACCGAGACCCCACCAACUAUUAAUCCGAUUACUUCAUCAGUGUAAUACUGUCAUUCCCCAUCCAGCAAGAUGUAUUUUAUUUUUAUGGCUUGUACAUAUGUUUUAUUUUUUUCUCAUAAUGUGUACUGUACUUGUACGAAACCUAUCCAUUUUGUAAUAAAAAUGUAAGCGAAUACACAUCGA